GUACAUUACUUUUGGUAAUUAUAUCGAGUUUUAAAAUAUGCCCCUUCACGCCACACAGACAAAAUUAAAUAAUGUGUCUCGUCAUCGUUUAAUUCAGAGCGAAACUUUCGCUUUGGGUUAGGUUUUUCCCAUUUCUGGCCUCAGCCAUUUUCUGUUUCGAAUCCGUCACGUCUCGCGCUUUUUGAACGGUCAGUUCAUUCUUUCGCGGCAUGCUCAAGUUUUGUUACUAACCAGCGUUGCGACAAGACUCCAGACUUGCUCUGUUCGGACUUAAAAAUGGGUCAAGAUAUCGGUUUCAGUGAUAUGAAUAGCGGUAGUCCACGAGGCAGCAAAGCAGGAAGGUGCAUUUUAAUAUGGGCAGUGAUAGCGACCGUCACUAUGGUUGCUCUGAUUAUCGCGCUCGCCGUUGUAGCGAACCAACAAAACGACAAUCGACCACAGCCAGCAUCUAUAACAUGGUGCACUGUAAAUGACGCCGAACAGAGUAAAUGCACCCAGAUGUCCGCUGCUUUUCAAUCUGCCCAAUUCAAUGCAAUAGUGAAUUGUGCAGCUGGUAAAAGCACCAAUAUUUGCAUUAAAAUGGUGAAAAAUAACCAGGCUGAUGUCCUGACCAUAGAUGGGGGCCAUCUCGUAGAUAAUCGUGCAGAUUUAAAACCAAUUCUGGCUGAAGAUUAUGGAGAGGGUGACGCAACGUACUGGGCAGUGGCAGUGGUAAAAAAAUCGGACUCAACCACAUUCCUAACAAAACCUGGACUUCAAGGAAAGAUAUCCUGUCACACUGGCCUUGGUAAAACUGCAGGAUGGAAUGUCCCGAUGGGUGUUUUAAAGGAUAAGGGAAUCCUAACCGUGAGCUCAAAUGGAUGCAACAUUCAGCAAGCUGUUACGAAUUUGUUUUCACAAAGUUGUGCACCAGGUGCACCAACCAGCUCCAAACUUUGUAAAAAAUGUAGCACGUGCACUUGCGGCUCAGAUCCGUACUGUGGCUAUACUGGUGCAUUUAGGUGUCUUGUUGAAGGGGGAAAUGUAGCUUUUAUCAAACACACAACAGUGUUUUCCAAUACUGACGGUUCAAACACAGAUUCAUGGGCACAAAACUUGAGGUCAGCUGAUUUUGAACUUCUUUGUAGUGAUGGUACCCGUGCACCAGUUUCUGCUUAUAGUCAGUGCAACUUAGGUAAGGUACCUUCACAUGCAGUAGUUGUCUCUAAACAAGCAACAGCUGCAGUCAUUGAUCGUAUUGUUGAAACCAUGUACUUGGCACAGCUAAAGUUUGGACCUCAUUCUGGUGAAACAUUCAAGUUGUUUGGAGGUGCAAGCAAAGAUCUUCUAUUUAAAAGUUCCACCAAGUUACUGAUGCCACUCAAUUUUAGCUGCAACUCUGAUACCUAUUUAGGAUCCAGCUAUCUUAACUCACAGCUUUCCCUACAAUGCCAAACAACACAGUCAACUUCGGUCACUGGAACUUGCCUCCUACCACAAUACCAAAGCCAAGCAAAAAGUGCUCUAAGGUGGUGUGUAAUAUCAGAUGAUGAAAUGACAAAAUGCACAGCAGUUGCCACUCAAGCACGCCGUAUUCAAUCAGUUCUAGUUGUUUCCUGUGUUCGAGGGACAUCGGUUGCAAACUGUGCACGAUUAAUAUCAUUAGGAGCUGCAGACGCGAUAACAAUGGACAGUGGUCAUAUAUACACUAUGGGAAGAGACUAUGAUUUGCAACCAGUGGCUGCCGAAUUCUAUGGUGGAUCUGCUGGGGCAUCCUACUAUGCAGUUGCUGUUAUCAAAGCAAGUGACACAUCCACCCGACUUACCAGGUCUGCACUCCAGGGCAAGAAAUCUUGUCACACAGGAUACCAACGCACGGCUGGUUGGAAUGUACCUGUUGGAUUUCUCAUUGAUAAUCAAAUUGUGUCACUAAACAGCAGUGGAUGCAGUGUGGCAGAAGCUUUAUCCAACUUUUUCGAUUCGAGUUGUGCACCAGGUGCAAGUGCAGCUUUCCCAGGCGCUGUAGGCAAUAAGUUGUGCCAGAUAUGUGGGGGUACAGGGGCAAACAAGUGUGAUGCUAGCUUAGAUCCAUACAGUGGAUAUGCUGGAGCUAUAAGGUGCCUGAAUGCUGGCGGUGAUAUUGCCUUUGUCAAGCAUACAACUGUAUUGGGAAACGAUAGUUACCAAUUGGCAUGCCCUGAUGGUUCCGUUCAGCCCGUAGCGAAUUAUAUAAACUGCUACUUGGCUAGGGUGCCAUCCCAUGCUGUGAUGCUAUCAUCACAGAACAGUUUUGUGUAUUAUGAAAAAGUCUGGAAUUUGCUUAAUAGCUUACAGAACACAGCAGGAACAUUUCAAAUUUUCUCUAGCUCUGAGUACAAUAAUGGUAAAGACCUCAUGUUUAAGGACUCAACCCAUUGUCUUUUGAAAGUGGAAACAAGUUGUACGUGGAGAGAUUUCCUUGGCACCUCGUACAUUAACACUGUCAGAGGUACCCGAUGUCUUACUGGAAAUCCCCCUACCCCAUCUUCGACUUGCACCAUACAGUCAGCAACCUGUAACUAGUAAUAGAUCUCAGUGUAGAAAAAAAAAUAAUAAAAAUAUUCAAAAAAGUUCAUAGACUAAUAGUAGUGUGUAAAUGUAGUGUUAAAAUCAAUGUAGCAAAACCUUUUCCUGAUGUAGUUUGUGUUGCAAAUGAAGCCUUUCUAAUUUGCCCAUUUGUAGAAUAAUAUAAGCAAAAAAAACAAGAUUUUAAUUUUAAAUUGUAACCCACGUAUUGACUACAUUCCAUAACCAUUUAUGAGACAUGCCUAUUUCGAAUAUAUUGCAGUUAUAUGUUUUCUAAUCACAAAACAUUACCUUUUGUUUGCAAAAUACUAACUUUGUGAGUGUGUCCUUUAACAUUUGUACAGCCUAUGCUAAUAGGACAAUUAGUAUAACAUUUAUUGCUUCAUAUAAUUACAUCAAACUAAUAUUUUUGUACAUUGCAAUGUGUUGUAGUCUAGUGCCUUUUUCUUUCCCACCCUAUUCAUUUACUACCAUGUCAAUAUUACAAAGUGCAAUUCUGUAAGGCCAGUGUGUCUUCAAAUUGCGUCAAGUGUUAGUAUUGUGCGAAACCAGUGUGUUUUCAUGUACUGACUGCAGUAUUUCAAAUGUACUAUCUACCAAUAUAACUUGUGCCAACGACCUAUAUAUAUGUAUUGCCUAAUCAAGUUUGCAUUGCUUUGUGUAGAAAUACAACAUUAACCAAAAAGA